AUGCGGUCGGCGGGGACGGAUGGUGUUGGCUCUUCUUCGAGCAGCGAAGGGGCAUGGCCAAGAGUAGGAGGCCGACGUCCUCUGCCCAGCGAAUCUCUCACGUCUUCCACCGUCGAUACUGCAACUUCAACAUCACGUCCGUCUUUGACUUCUUCCAUUUCAAGAUUCCGAUCAGACUUCGAGCAGUUGAAAUGCAAGGCCCGAAUCUUUGGAGAGUCUAUGAAUUUGUGUCGAUGCAUCGCUGAUGACUACAACAAACGACUUGGGUUUAUGGAGAAGCGACUAAUUAACUUAGAACAAAGACAGAGGCUUACGGGUGAGAGCAACUACUCUGCCAUCAUACAGAAGAACCAGAAACUAUCACACAAGACUAAGCAAGACGUUAAGAGAUACUCAGACAAAUUUAAAUCGCGAAAUGACAUAAUAAAUAUAGCAUCAGACUUUGACUUACAACAAGCUCCACCAGUCUCACCCUUCGAUUCCAAUGAAAUUCUAACGUAUAUUAAUAAGCUAAAGAAUGACAGAAGUCCAGGACCUGACAGUAUUCCAAAUGAAGCCUUAAAAAUUCAACAAGAUAUUGGAAAAUCAAGAAAUUCCCAAAAUUUGGGGUGA